CAAGCAACAUAAACAACAACAAUAGCACACCAAGCAACAAGAACAGCAUCAACACCAACAACAACAACAACAAUAAUAAUAAAUUCAGUUGCUCGAAUCCAUCGAUAAAUGGUCAAGGAGCCGGUGGUGGAGCAAACACCGAUCCCGAUAUGAUAUCUCCAACAAUAAUGGCCAAAUUUCUGGAAGAUGAACUAAAAGCGAAUGAGAUCAAACAUUGCGAUACAUGUCAAUGCAAUAAACAGGAUCUGCAAGUCCUUGCCGAUGUCUCACGUUCCUAUACAGUGGCCACACAAACGCCACAUCAAUCGCUUCAUCAUCAUCAGCAGCAGCAGCAGCAGCAUGGCUCCACUUUGGCCAGCAGUGGCGCCAGUGAGCCGACGCCAAUGGGCGCCCAGCUUUGUCUGCGUUGUCACAGCAAUCUGAAUUCACCCUCACGCACGAAUAGCCCAUAUCUAAUGAAAUUGGUUAAGUCCAGUGAUUCUGUAAUUUCUGAAACAAAAAGUUCCGUCUCCGAUCUCAAUGAUAUGGAUAAACUCUUUACACCGGCCAAAAAGGAUGAUCUAAUGGUUAAUCCCAUAUUGGGUCAUCAUAGACUAUGCGAAAGAACCACCACUACAGCUGCCAAUAUAGCUGGUCUAGGGGUUGGAGGAGUUGGCAGUGGAUUGGGCGGCGUAGGUGGUGAUUAUGGUGUUGGUAAGCUUACGGCCUCAACAAUGAUGUAUCCGACAACACACUUGGGUGCCUAUGCAGCUGAGAAAUAUCUGCUAGAGACCAGCAAUCUUGGCCAAUUGAGGAAUGGCUAUCAGCGUAGAUUUCUCGAUGGCGGUGGCACAGCAUUGCAGCUGCUAAAUAAAUUUGAAAAUGCAACAGUCACUAGCUCAGCCAUUGCCGUGGCUCCGUCCACAGUUGCUGCUGUUGUUGCCGCUGCCAUAACCGAUGAGUUGCUCGUUGUCGAGGAUGAUGCGAGUAAACCAUUAUUGUCAUCCAUAUCACAGGCGGGUGCCGAGUGUGAUCCAUUGUCUGGGUCGGCCACAAAGCUAGAGGAUGUAUGUGAGCCAUUGCCCAUGGCCAAGCCAAUGGCGGCAACUAAUGGUGGCAAUCAAAUGAAAUCAUCUGCCAAUUCGGGCAGUGUUCAAAGUUUAUGGAGCAAUAAGACCAGCAGCUGUGAAGGAGCCAAAAUGUUUGAGAAUUUCAAUAGGAAUCUAAUCAAAACGAUUAAGGCGGAAAAUCCUAAAUAUCGUGGACCACGUCUCUGUGCGAUGCGCAUCCAACAGAAUGGUCAGAGCAACAUAUUGCUAGACAAUCUCGAGUCCAUUGAGACCUAUACACCAGUUAUCUAUAAGCGACGUGAACGCCUACUCGAUGAGGAACUCAACGAUGGCAAGGAUAUCAUCACCUCGAAGGACAGUAAUGCUGCAUCCGCUGUUGAGGCCUGGCAAGGAUCAGCCACACCACAUGAAACUGUGGCCCUGCAACCCGUACUCGAGCCCCAAAUCGAGCAACAAGAGACUGAGAAAAUGGAUACCAAAAUAGAGCCAAUUGCCAUGGCAAAUAAACCUGGCGAUAUGCCAGGAGUUGGAGGUGUUGGUGUCGGUGUUGGUGUUGGUGUCGGUGUCGGUGCUGGUGUGGCAGUUAGUGGUGGGCAAUUGGUUAAUUCACCAAAACAUUCGGCAAAUUCCAGUUCAUUAAGCGAUGCCAUCGAUUAUCAGGAGAGUGUUAUGUUGCGUCGUCAGCAAUUGAGUCGUGUGGCCGAAUGGGUACAGCAUAAUACACAGCAAUUGGAGCAAAGGUCCCUACAACAGCCGACUACCAUAGCAAGUGAUUCGAAUUCUGGCACCGAGAGGCAGAGUUCGUAUUCGACAUUAGAUCGCAUGGAUUCCAUUUCGAUAGAGAAAUUAUCAAUGGAUUCGGGUUAUAAGACGACACCGCAACAAAUAACAAAUGGUUAUCCAGAUGUUGGUAAAUCUACAGAGGAUUCUUUAUCACCUAAAACUGAUAUAACUAGCAAUUCAUUGCUCGAUCAACAGCAACAGCCACAGAUGCAACAGCAGCAGCUGCAGCAGCAACAACAGAUGCAACAGCAACAACAACAACAACACAUUACAGUUGCCAAUGGUUCAAAGAAGGCCGAACUAUGUACUACAUAUUAUAGAAGAACUACACGUUCGGGUCUACCAGUGGCAUAUACCACAACCACCACAACCACAUUGACAUCAUCGACGAAUCCGAUCGCCAAUCCAAUUCCAAAUGCAGCCACUGUCGAGUCACAGCAUUGCUCAUCAUCGGGUUCACCGUCUCUCAUCUGCCCCGAACAGCCCACGUGUGAUAUACUCAACUAUAAAUAUUAUCCAAAUGACACAGACAAGACCCGUUCGAUUCAAGCGGAAUUGCAUACAACCACCCAGCAUGUGGAUAUAGCCCAAAUGGAAUAUAAUGUCAAGCAAUUUCUACUCAAACAGAAUGAAUGGUCCAUGAGAUCGGCUGGUGCUGCUGCUGCUGCUGCUGCUGCUGCUAAUGGUGGUGGUGGUGCAGGUGCACCAUCUAUAGAUGGCAUAGAUGGUAUAGCUGGUGGCUCUCAAACUGUAAGCGGCUCGGCAGCAGCAUCUCGUCUGGUUAGGCAUACACGUCUCCUGGGUCCCGGUGUGGGUGAACGUGUUCGUAUGGCCGCUCCUGGCGGUGCUGUGGCCAAUGGUCAACCCGGCGUCCUGGCGCCGCAUAGAACUGAAACGAAUUUAUAAGCAAAGAAUAAAAAGUGAAAAACUGAAAUGAAUCCAAAGAAA